AUGUCGAAGCUUUUCGUUCACGGCCUUUCCUGGCACACCGACGAUGACGCUCUGCGUCAAGGAUUCUCCCAGUUUGGCGAGAUCCAAGAGGCCAUCGUCGUCAAGGAUCGCGCCACCAUGCGCAGCCGUGGAUUCGGAUUCGUGCGCUUUGCGACUGACGCCGAGGCCGAUGCCGCCAUGGACGCGAUGAACAACAAGGAAUUCGAUGGCCGUGUCAUUCGUGUUGACAAGGCUCUUGACCGCCCCAGCCGCCCCGAGGGUGGCUUCCAGGGCCGCGGAGGAUACAACCAAGCCCCUAACCAAGGCUACCAGGGCGGCGGUGGUGGUGGCUACAACCGUGGCGGAUACGGUGGUGGUUACCAGCAGCAGCAGCAGCCUUAUGGCGGCGGUAACAGCGGCUAUGGUGGCGGCGGCUACGGCGGCGGUUAUGGUGGCGGUAACUCGGGCUACGGUGGCGGCGGUGGCUGGCGUAACAACCAGGGCCCUGCUCCCGAAGGCAACUAA